AUGUACGCCGUAACAACCUCAUUCGCCCACCGGGCUCCCCCAGCAACACGGACUCGAGUCAGGUGGCAGCCUUAUUCUGCCCUUUCCUCCUCCUCUUCUUCAAACGCCUCAUCAUCAUCAUCGAAUGUCUCUUGCCGUUCCCCGUCGUCCUCUUAUUUAAAUACCCCUGCUUCCUCUGUAUCAAGCCCUCCAUCUGUCAACACUCCCAACGACCCACGCCACGCCACCCCUUCCCUAUCCCACACCUCAAAAGAGCAGCAGUCACGCGAUGCAAACAAACAGAAGUACGCUCUAAGCCUUGUUGACCAAGCCGUAAAGACAUUGUCCGACAUUUGGCACCCCCAAGAUAUUCCCUCUGUCUUCCUCACGUCUUCCAGAGCGACCGUCCCCCCCACCCCGCCCCCACUUCAAACGCCAUCGAAGCUACUUCGCGAUACAUGUCGUCGCAAUGUCCAACUCCCUUCCCCCAUCUCCCCUUCCACUCGCGAACCCCCCUCCCCCCUCUCGACUCCUUCUCCGACAUCUCGGAAAUCCGACAACAACCGUAUCGGCGACGCUUCUGCAAGCACUAGUACCCAACAUGGAUUGGUACCCAUCAAAGGGUUUGUCCACGAGGUUCUCAGGCGAUCGCGGACGUCUGCCUGCGUGCUACAGACUGCGCUCUGUUACCUUGAGGCCAUUCGAUCGAAAGUCCCCGAGCUCGUACGCCAGGAAGCCCUCGGCGAAGGGAUUCAGGGUGAACUUGAAACCCAGAGCCGAGUCAUUUCCGCCAGUGACCUCGAUGACACCGACCGCGAGCAACCUCAAGAUUCUUCUUCGAUGGAGCAAGAUAUCAUCCCGACCGUUCGUGUUAACGACUGUGGAUCUUUCGAUGCCAGCGUCCCGGACAUUCAAGGUCUCGGAAAGAAGGUCUCGCCUCCCGUCUCGCCUCUCCCGCCAAUGCCGCCAUUGCCGUCUCCACUGCUUUGCCCUCGGCGAGCCUUCCUGGCCUCUUUGAUUCUAGCUUCAAAGUUUACUCAAGACAAGUGCUACUCCAAUCGGGCCUGGGCGAAGCUCUCUGGACUGGCGCCUAGGGAGAUUGGUAGGUGCGAACGAGCGCUCGGCGAUGCCUUAGACUGGCGGUUGUGGGUUGGUAAGGUUCCACAGCCAGCCCCCGCGCCACCGGCUGCCAUACGUCCCGUUGUUCGCACUCGUAGUGACGGCGCUAUUCUCUUUACGGCGCCGAAGUUAGACAUCGUGACACCGGAAGCAUCUCCUACGGAUCUGCCGCACACGCGCGCUUCUCAGAUAACCUCAAAUCACCGUGGUCUUCGGCGUUGUGCGACACUACCUGCUGAUGCUAACAUGAAUGGUGUCUCAAACUGGGUCAACGGCGCGAACCACAUCAUGCAUGCCUCGGCCCCUAGUGUUUCCAUCCCCGACGCUGGUGACUCGACGAGCGCAUGGCUAUGGAAUGAACAGACACCAAUGGAGACAACAGCGCCCAGGGAAAUCGAAGACUGUGUCACGCAAUCGCCCAUUCCCUCCACGCCCCCUCUCACGCUAUCCCCAUCGUCAACUGAGUCAUCAUCAGGUGAUCGCACCAUUCAGAUGUCCUUUCUCGACGAUGUCUGCUCGUUCUGUGACUCGAACAAUGCCCCGGGAUCUGGUCCAACUUGGUCUGCGGUCGGGGAAGCAUGGAGCGGCGCCAAUAUUUGUCCGAUUCAUGGUGCGAAUGCCUUGGCUUCCUCUGGAUUCAAGAAGAACGAUUUCUUAAAGCCCCCGCCGACCGCAAACGACUGGCCAGGCUUAUCGAAGACAAUUCCAAUGGAAAUCAUCAGCGAAUACACCGAUAUCGCGUCGCUUGCGCCGAAUAUAUCGUGCUUAUAG